AAAAGUCAACUUCACUUCAAUCUUCAAUAAAUAAAUACAUAGAAGGGGCUAGGAAUUUUAUAAUGUCGGCCAAUAAAUGGAAAUAAUGGAUGAUUUAGAGAUCUCCGAUACGUUGCAAAGGUAUUUUUCCGAUUUGUUUUUGUGCUGCGACGAAGACAAUUCCGGAAAAAUACCCUUAGCCAAAACAAUAGAUCUGAUAAAAUCGGGAAACGUACCAGAAGAAGUCGUAACGCAGAUAUCCGAUAUAUGCUGGACCCUCGGAACGAACUAUCUCAAUAAAAAGCAAUUUUUCUCCGCUCUAAAACUAGCAGCCGCACAUCAAGCAAACAUUCCCGUUAGAAAUGAAGUUUUAUCGUCCACAGCCGAACUGCCUCUACCCCGAUUCUCCUGGUCGCUCAUCGACAACAAAAGCCCCAUCGGAGAUCUAAUCGAACUCAGUAACGAUAUUAACAACUACACAGAACAAACCGAUUCGGUGAGUACGGAUUCCGAAGCGGAAAGCGAAACCGUAAGAAACGGAUCUCCGGAUAUAUCCAGUACAACAUCGGACAGUCCCACUCCUACUAACAGCGUUCAGGACAGAAGCUGGCUCAUUUCGGGCGUUUGGCAGGGCCUCCUCUCCGAAGAACAGCGCCAACUAUUAGGUACCGAAGAGGAAUCGUCCGAGAAACACAGCAGCGAAGAGGACACGGAGGUGUCGAACGAAGUAUGGACGAUAACCGGCGAACAACGCGAAUACUACACGAACCAAUUCAGAUCGCUGCAACCCGACACGCGCGCCCUGCUAGCCGGCCCCGUCGCCCGGACGUUCUUCGAGAAAUCCCGCCUGCCCAUCCACGAAUUGCGAAAGAUCUGGCAACUGGCCGACGUCACCAAAGACGGCGCCCUCUCGCUCGCCGAAUUCAACACGGCCAUGCACCUGGUGGUGCUCAGACGCAACCACAUCGAACUGCCCGACGCCCUGCCCGCCGCCCUGGCGCCCGACUCCUCGGACACGCCUCUAUCGGGCAGCCCCGACGCCGAGCCCGUCCUCUCGCCACGCGCCAAAGACGCCGCCAAAGAGUGGACCAAGUUCGUCGACAGCCCGACCGGUUCGGUGUCGUCGCCGGGCCCCAAACCAGUCAAUUUCGACUUCCAGAAAGUCACCUUAGACAAAGACCCUAAGAUACUUCAUCCGGUACCUCUACGGCUCACCCCGGAAGCCGCCAACAACCAAUCCGAAGACCAACCGGACGGUGAAAUACACAGUCCGAAGAAGUUCUCCGACGCCCAGCACAGCGCCAUCCAGCGGCCGCAACCGAAGAAAAUCAACGCGCCAGGACCGGGCGCUAUUCCACCCCCACCGCCUCCGGUUAAUCAACUGGUCGAAGACGGUCCGGUCAGCCUGCCGGCGUUUCCGCCGCCGAAGAAGGAGAAACCGCCGCCGCCGCCGCCGCCGCCGCGGCCGUUCAAGACGCACGGUCGCAGCUCGUCGUUGGACCUGAACCGGCUGAGCAAGUUGGGCGCGCCGCCGACGGUGCCGCCGCGCGUCAGCCCGAACGUGCAGCGCUCGAAGCGGCUGACCAAUCAGAAGUCGGAGGGGGACGCGCAGGCGCAGGACGAGCCGUUCGUCGCUGAUUUCGAUCGCUUCGAGAUGUACGAGAACACUUCGGAGGGGAUUUUUAGGGGGGACGUGUACGAGGCGGAGCGCAGGAAGUUGUUCGCUAGGUUCGCGGCGCCGGCGCAACAGCAGGAGGCGGAGGCGGAGGCGGCGGCGGCGCCGCGACGGCACGGGGCGUUCGAGGUGUACAGGAAGCCGCAGGCGAGGGGCGACGCGAGUCCGGUGUCCGUCGAGGAGAAGGCCAAGUGGACGUUGUUCCGGCAGCUGCAGGAGGAGAACGCCGUGCUGUUGAGGAUAUGCCAGGAACUUAGCCAGGAAUUGGCCGAGUUGAAGGAGGAGAAGUUGAGUUUGAAAGUUAGGUUAGAAAAGCACAUGAACGGCGGUUGAUUCGCGUCGACGAGUGGUGGUGACGUCGUCGCUGAGCGAGGGUUCUUAUUGGUCGGAAUAGAGCGUUGUGAUUGGAUGACGUCGUUGCCAAUAUUUUGGGUAUAUACUGUAUUUAAAAACUAGGAGCGAUUUGAAUUUAAGUUGGCAACACUCGCGUUUGUUUAUUGGUUAAUUACAAAUCGAGUUCACUGUGUAAAAUUGUAUUAUUCUUGUUUACCACCUUUUUGAGGUUACGUUUUAGAAAUGUAAAGUGUUUAGGUGAUUUGUUAAUUCAUUCCUUCUUUUAAUAUAAUUAUGGUGAGUUUACAUUCAAUUUUAUAUAAAUAAAAGAUAGGGUGUUCUAGUAACUUUUUUGGGUGUGAUUCUGGCAUUUCAAUAUGCUCCUCCUAGUUUUUAAAUAGAGUAUAAUAUAGUCGGAUUGAUUGUGAAUUAGCAACUUGAGUGAGAGUAUAUAAUAAAUAAGAUUGAUUUUUUUUUGUUAAAUUGCUAGUUCACUGUCAAUUACUUUUUAUUUUUGUGGAAAUAAAUCGAGGCAUUUCGCAAAUUAACAAGUAUAAGUAACGAUAACGUUUGCACAAGAUGUUAAUUUUAUUGGAACAAUAUUCGAUAUUUGCACGAAUUUCAAUCUACAAAUUAUUCUUUUUAUAUAAAAAAAAACAGUCAGUUUCUACUCGAUUCUACUCCUAUUAGCGAGCAUGUACUAAUUUCCAAUAUAUCAAAAAAUCUAAAUAAUAAUAGUGAAAUAUUUGUUUGAUAAACUCGAAUUUCUAUGCAAUUUUGAAUGCGUCACUUACGCUUGUUAGUUCUAUGCUUUUGGAAUUACAAAUGCGGUAUUCCUAUAUCUUUAUCAACAUUUAAUUUAAAUUAAUUCUAUUCGAACCGAAAUAUUGUAUUUUUUAAAAGUCUAUCAAAGUUAUAUUUAAGUUAAUAAAGAAAACUCGUAA